UGAUUGGAUGUCGAAGAACGCAAGAAUAUUUGACCCUUCUGCCUUUUGCGUUAAUGGGAUUCUAGAGAGAAUUGAACUUUGCAGUCCAAUUUCACGGCGGUAUCACCCCCAAAUCCGCAGCCGGUAAAUUGGGUUUGGUGCAUACGCCUUUCAACUGUUCCCGGAAACCAAAGGCCAACAUCUGUCCACAUCAUCCAUACAAAUACGCAGCCUUGCUCCUCUUACUCCUCCCACCGGGAAACAACAAAUUCAUCCAAAAAAUUCAUCAUCGUCUCUUUCUAACAUCAAAUCCUUUCAUGGAUCCAUCGUCUUUCGCUUUAUCAUCAACAAUUCGGUUUAUUCUUGAUUCUCAGUUGCCUUUUUUUGUACGCUUUCUUAUUCAUCGUCGACCUUGUACGUCCUUCUGACGACUUAAAUUAGCUGUUUCCAAUGGGUAAACAACGUCGUAAUCAGCGUAAGAAUGCUGCAAUGCUUGAUAGUGAUGAUACGGAUAGUGUAAGUUCUUCAUCAACUAUCCGUUCGGAUCAAAUGCUGGGAAAUGGUGGGGAGGAAGUGCAAAUUGAUAAAGAAAGUGUGUUAGAUCAAAGUUUGGAUGCUUUAUACGAAAAAAGGGGAUCAACAAGGGAGAAUGCUUUGGUGACAAUCAUAGAGGCUUUCAACAGCAGCUUGCCUCAUGAAUUUGUUGAAAAGAAAUUUGCAACAAUGCUUCAUCAAUGUCUGAAUUCUGUUAAAAAGGGUUCAGCAAAAGAGGUAGCUUUAGCAUCUCAUGCCAUAGGAUUACUAGCUCUAACUGUUGGCUCUGGUAAAAAAGCACAAGAAAUAUUAGAAGAAUCAGUUUCUCCAAUUUCAGAGGCUCUUAAAUCUCGUUCAGAAUCAUCAAAAAUAGCAUCGUUGCUAGAUUGCUUGGCUGUGAUAACUUUUGUUGGAGGAAAUGAACCUGAAGAAACCGAUAAAUGCAUGCAAAUAAUGUGGCAAGUCGUUCAUCCCAAACUUGGUCCCAAUGUUGUUGCCACUAAACCAUCACCACCAGUGAUUACAGCUAUGGUAUCCGCCUGGUCAUUUCUUCUUACAACAAUGGAUGGUUGGACACUCGAUCCCAAAACCUGGCAAGGGUCAAUUUCUUAUUUUUCUACACUUCUAGAAAAGGACGACAGAUCUAUACGAAUAGCUGCUGGUGAAGCGCUGGCGUUAAUUUUUGAAAUUGGAAAUUUGGAGAAAUUUUCAAUUCAAGAGGGGAAUAAUAAAGAUGUUACAUAUAUUCAAGGUUUAAGAGCAAAAGUCUUGAAUCAAGUUAAGAAUCUUUCUGUUGAAGCAGGUGGAAAGGGGUUGACCAAGAAAGAUCUUAACAACCAACGCAACACCUUCCGGGACAUUCUAGAAUUUCUCGAGGAUGGUUAUAGUCCCGAAACAUCUUUGAAGAUUGGUGGAGACUCACUUACCACCACAACAUGGUGCCAAUUAAUACAGCUGAACUUUUUAAAGCGUUUUCUUCGGGGAGGAUUUAUUAAACACAUGCAGGAAAAUGAAUUUCUUCAUGAUGUGUUUGAUUUCACACCGAAGAAAAAGCUUAUCUCAGGUGUAUCUGGAACUGAGAAGAGGAUGUACAAGUCUCCAAAUUCAGCCCUCAACAAGGCAAGGACACAGUACCUCAAUAAGCAAAGAAUGUUAUCACAGGAUAAGAAUGCGGGUCAUUAUGCUUCGGGGUUUGAUGAAGAGUGAAAAACCACAGCAUCAUUCUGUUACAGAUCUGGAACCUUAUUAUAUAUUUAAAUUUUUUUUUUUUGUGUAUUGCUUAAAAAAAGUUGAUGUCGAGUCACUUUUGCUAAAAAAAGAUGAGGGAAACUAGUUGUGUUUAUGACACCAAUAAGGCAUAUUAUUUAUUAAUAAUAAGCUGGAUGCCUGAAUUCAUUUGUAUCCUUUUCUUGUAAUGAAUAUUCAAAUGGUGAUACAUCAUGUA